AUGCUUAAUUUUAGAGUUGUUGCUGGAAUUAUUUUAUUUUUGGUAAGUCAAAGGAGGAUUCUAGUAAUAAUUAUUUGAAUUGCAGAUAAGUUUGCCAGGUGUUAUUAUAAAUUUCUAUGUUUUCUAUAAACUUCUGAGGAAAUCAGGGCAAUUCAGUGGGUUUCAAAAACUAUGUGUUUCUAAAACUAUACCAAAUAUGAUUGUUUGCACAGUUUUUCUUUUUUGGUCAACGCCACUUUGUAUACUGUGAGUUCUAAAUUCAUUUUUGAAAUUCAUUUAUUUAUCACUUCAGGACUCCGGAGUACACAAAAAUCCCGCGUGAUUUGAAUGCAACACUUGGUCAAAUUGCAGGAUGGGGUGCUUAUAUUUUCGGGCCAAUUCUUCAAGUUUUCCUCUCAAUAAAUCGAUUUUAUGUGCUGUAUUUUCCAAUGAAAAGUAUGAAAAUGUCAACAAUUCCAAUAACUAAUAUCGCAAUUUCUUUUGGUAUUAUAAUUGCAAUUAUUUAUACGGUUAUUGGUCUACCAAGUAAGUUCUGAAUAUAUUGGAUUUGGAUUAAUUUUGGGAUUUUAAAGUUUUUUCAGAUGAAUGUGGAUUCGUUUUUGAUACAGAGAUUCUAGCUUGGAGGCCAGAAGCAUAUGAAUGUGCAGAAUGGCUGGCUGAUUUUAUAUUCUUCUCAGUUCUCGGGUUGUCCAUAACUUCAAAUAGUUUCAAUUUUGCAACAUUUUUGAAGCUUGUCUUCAAUCAGGUAGUAAGUUAGAAUAAUCUCCAAAUAUGAAAAAAUAAUAUACGAAUGAAAAUUCCAAAUGAAAAGAAAUAAAUUCAACUGAAAAAAUUCAUUUUCUGAAUUUUUGCAGGUGACUGGAGUGAGUUCUGCAGAAGGCAAAUCACGUCGAAGAAAACGUACACUGAUGUAUAUUCAAAGUGUAAUUCAAGAUAGUUUACACGCGUUUGAUAUUGUGAAUGCAACAUUCACUUAUACUUUGAAUGAUGCAGUUUGGUUUCAAUUUAUUUUUCUAUCAGUUUCAUUUUUAUUUAUUCAUGCGAUGGAUGGGUUUGUAUUUAAUUAAUUAAUUUCAAAAAAUAUUCAUUCGAAUUCAGAUUUGUCAUGUUCUUUUUCCACUCCGAAAUCCAUCCAACUUGGCUGUGUAAAAACCAAAAGAAAACUUCUACAAUCAUUAUUAUGUCACGUUCAAGAGUUUCAACAUUACCAAGUGGUUAG